CUAUAAUCAACGAAAUGUUAGAAGGGGAUUCCAGGUAGCGAUUUUUUUGUCGGAAACGAGACAUGCGCACUGUCUGUUCCCAGUAUAGUUGAUUUAGCUAACUUGGCGACUGCCUCACAGUGGAACGGUAGGCAUGUAUUAAGUCUCUCGGAUAUUUGUGUUUACUAAGAAGACAUGACUUGAAAUAUCGAAGAAAAUGUAGUGUGGGGAUAUAUUUCAAAGUGAAGAAGAGGACUGGUACCAUUUCCAUUGUGAAAAUGACUUUUUACGAAGAAAAACGGUAAAAAAUGUACACCGCUUAAUCUCUCGUGCGGUUGUGUACUAUACACAAACUCCUCAGGUGUGUUUGUGUACAAGUCAGGCAAAGGAGUUGUUUGCAGUUAUGAGACAUGGAUGAAUUUACUGUUUUGUUUGGUGUUACCCCGACACAAACGGUGAGAACUAGACUAAAGUCACUAUUAAUUAAUUCAUGUUGUGUUUCAAAUGAGUUAUAAACAAUAUUCAACACGUGAACUGUUUAGAACACGGGGCACCUGCCUUAGACCGAACCUUCGAAAACCGAGUUAAUUGGCACGAACAGAAUAAUUUCACCAACUGAUUUCUUAUUUUUAAUUUAAAAGGUUUAAAUUUUGUUGAGACUUAAAAUUUUAACAUUAAAAAUUACCAAUAUUUCUGAUUAGGUUAAUCAUUACUGGUAAUUAUUUCUGUGACUAAUUAUGACUUGCAAGUCAGUUAUUUGAUAUUACUGAAAAGUUGAAAACCCAGAACUUUUUAAAGAAUGGCUUCCAUAAUGGGGAGGAAACUGAACCUGCUAAAAUUUUUCCUAUUUAUGUUGCUACCUGCGAUAUGUGUUGCUGAACUCACUGAAACAACACAGACUUUUGUGAUUAAUGAAGAGGAACCUGAAAAUUCAUAUGUUGGCCGCUUGGGUGAGGGACUUACCGACGAUUUCGGACCUCCAUAUGUACUUAUGCCAAGUGGAGAUAGUUCAGGAUUAACCAUUGAUAAAACCACUGGAAUUAUUACAACAGCCGCAGUUUUGGAUCGAGAAACAAAAUCUGUGUACAAUUUUGUUGUCAUGUCAUUAAUAACAGAAAGUCUCAUUCAAGCACAGGUUAAUGUUCGGGAUAUCAACGACAACUACCCAAGAUUCAAUGUCAGCAAAAGAAUUGAACUUUCAGAAAGUGCCAACACAGGAUCUUCAAUACAUAUAGGAAGUGCUAUUGAUGAUGACACAGGUGAUAAUGGCAUUGUUUCAUAUGCAAUUACUUCUGGUAAUGAAAACGGAAAUUUCGAAUUAAAAGGACAGUUGUCAAAACCAUUUUUAUAUCUGGAUCUUGUAAUCAAAAAGCUACUAGAUUUUGAAAACAUUUCAAAUUAUGCAUUAGUGAUAAGUGUUGUGGACGGAGGUCAGAAAACUGGGAGCGUCAUGAUACAAAUUCCAAUUUUAGACGCAAACGACAACCCACCCAAGUUUGAUUUGAGUCGUUACAGUGCACAGGUAAGAGAAGACCAACCAGUCGGUAAAAGCGUCCUCAAAGUUUCGGCAACAGACCAGGAUUCCAUGGAAAAUGCCCGUAUAACAUAUACUAUGGAUUAUCAAAAAGAUCCGGACAGGCAUUUCAGUGUUGAACCUGCAACUGGUAUUAUUCGUAUAAGCAAACCUUUGGAUUAUGAGAAAACCCCUGCCUUCCAGCUUUCUGUCAUUGCCUCUGACAAUGCUUCACAACCUUUGAGAGAUACAACAUCCGUAGAAAUUAUUGUCAUAGACAUUAACGAACAACCUGCAAAUGUGAAUCUAUUGUUUCUUUCCAAUGACACAACAGCAGGACAUAUUCCAGAAAAUUCCAGUGUGGGUACCCCUGUCGCGAGAAUUUCAGUCAGUGAUCCUGACAAUCCUGCAGUGUAUUAUUCCAACAUUACCGUCACUUUACAAGGUGCUGAACCAUAUUUUGGAUUGGAAACGAGCAAUAAUGUUACCUUCAUCCUUUAUGUAAAAUCUGGACUUGACCGAGAAAUUCAUCCAAAUUUCAAUAUAACAAUUCUUGCAGUAGAUGGUGGAUCGCCACCACUUCAAGCUGCAAAAUCCUUCACUCUUUGGAUUGAUGAUAUAAAUGAUCAUGCCCCACAGUUUACGCAAAGUGUUUACGAAGCUUCUGUGCAAGAACAGGCUCAAGAAGGCUCUUCUGUUAUACAGGUUCAAGCCUCUGAUCAGGAUACUGGCGUAAAUAGUAAAAUUACAUAUGGAAUUAAGUCGCAUAUCAACAAUUCAAACUGGUUCGAAAUUGACCCCUCGUUAGGUAUUGUUGUUGUUCGAGCUCGGGAUACUAUCGACUGCGAAGAAAACCCUAAUCCGUGGAUUAUUAUUACCGCAACAGAUUCAGGAACGCCACCCCGAACAGGAAGUGCAACUCUCAAAAUUACCGUCCUUGAUGUAAACGACAUGCAGCCACAGUUUGCCCAUACCUACUACCAACAAAUAGUGCCAGAAAAUGUUCAAGUUGGCAGUUGUAUUCUCACGGUGUCGGCAGAUGAUCCGGAUUGUAAUGGGAACACCCAGUUGACGUAUCAGCUGUCCAACUCCUCCCUCCAGACCAAUGACAAAUUCAGCCUUGGGAUUUCCUCCGGCCAACUUUGUGUUAAGCAUCCCCUGGACUAUGAAAGCCAACACAGUUAUACCUUCCAAGUUUUCGCUGUUGAUAAUGGUGGUUUGACGGGGGACACUAGGGUCCAAAUAACAGUUACGGAUAUCAAUGACAAUCGUCCUGAGUUUUACCCUCGUAACUACAGUCAGAAUCUUGACUUCAUCGAGGCCACCAACCCCAGCAAGGACAUUGUUACGGUGGUGGCUCACGACAUUGACAGUGGCAGCUAUGGCCGCGUAUUUUACCGCAUCAUUGCUGGCUCGCAGGGCGGAGCUUUCACUAUCAACGCUCAGAGUGGUUUGAUCUCACUGUCAGCCAGUCUACCGCUCGAGGAGAAAGUCUAUGUGGUGGAGGUACAGGCCUAUGAUGGCGGCGGUCUCACUUCAAUCCUUUCCGCAACAGUCCACAUCAGUGUCAUGGGAAAUGGAUCUCCACGGCCGUCAUUCGAACGUGCCACCUACAGCUUCUCUGUUCCGGAGAAAGCAGACCAGUCUACACUGGUGGGACAAGUUUUGGCCACGGUCACCCCAAGCAGCGGACAAGCUAUCCAUUACUCCAUUACUUCGGGUGACGUAGACGACCACUUCUACAUUGACCGGCUGUCGGGUAAAAUCUUCACCAACAACGACAGAUUGGACCAUGAACAGACUACAAGUUUCCUCAUCACUGUCAUGGCCGAGACUGAUAGCCCACCCGUAUUUGGAAAAACUCAGGUGAAUAUAUCGGUGGAGGAUAUUAAUGACAAUGCCCCACAGUUCUACACACAAGAUGUCAAUAUCCAUGUCUGGGAGGAUGAGGAUAUGGCCGAGGUUCUCUACAAAGUCAUCGCUACCGACAACGACAGCGGCCAGAAUGGUACAGUACGUUAUAGUCUCGUGGAGAACCGCGACUCAACAUUUGUCAUUGACCCAAUCACUGGAGACAUUCGGCUACAGAAGUCACUGGAUUACGAAGAUAUCAAAUCUUACACUCUGGUAAUAUUGGCCCGUGAUAUGGGUGUCCCACCGCUGAGCACCAAUACCACUCUGACUGUCUAUGUAACUAAUAAAAAUGACAACCCACCGUCGUUUUUGAAGACGUUCUACGAGGUAAAUGUAGCGGAGGAUUUGUCACUGAGCUCAACCUUUUUAGAAGUCCAGGCAAGUGAUCAAGACAUGGAUCAGAUUACAUAUUCCCUUCAGGAAAUGAGUGACCUGUUCGGGAUCUGGCCCAACAAUGGUCACAUGUAUCUAAAAAAGCCAUUGGAUCGAGAGGUACAGCAUCUUUACCAGCUGUUCGUCAUUGCUAAGGAUAAUGGUAAGCCUACGCAGCUCUCGGCUACAGCCACUGUGCGAAUUCUCGUCACUGACGCUAAUGACAAUGACCCAGAAUUCUCGGACGAUAUUUACAUUUUCCCAGUGUCCGAGGAUAUUGUGUCCAGGACUGUUGUUGGUUCAGUUACGGCGACAGAUAAAGACAUCGGAGUCAAUGCAAGGUUAGAGUACGGCUUUGUAGUUUCCCCGGGUGAUUUCAUCAUCAAUACAUACAACGGAGAAAUCAGUACCGCUGUGGCCAUGGACAGAGAGGCCAAGGCCACAUACACCAUGGAUGUGGUGGUUCGAGAUUUUGGGGAUCCAUCACGCAGUGAUACCACUACGGUUAAAAUUGUGUUACUGGACAUCAAUGACAACACACCCCAGUUUACAUCGGAGAACCGAGGUACAGUGAUGGAGAACCAACCCAAAGGCACAAAUGUUCUCAAGGUCAAUGCUGAUGAUCCAGACAAUGAAGAGAAUGGAACUGUCUCUUACUUUUUUGACGAACAAGGUUCAAAUGCGUUAUCUCUGGCACAUUUCGAAUUGGAUCCCAAAUCAGGAUGGAUAACAACUGCUGAAGUGUUGGACUAUGAAAAAAGCACUGAAUAUCAUGUGGUUGUCAUGGCAAUGGACUACGGAACACCUCAGAAAUCCUCGUCAGUCACUAUAACCAUCAGUGUCCUGAACGAUAUAAACGAAGGCGACAUCAAUGAGGAUCAAAAUAUGAUGGUGGAUGUGGUUGAAAACACCCAGGUCGGUUCCAUUGUCAGCAGAAUCAUGCUUCACCCAAGUGACAAUUCUAAAGUUUCCUACUUUAUAUUUGCUGGGAACGAUUUUGAUUUAUUUUCAGUGAACAAAACUAACGGAGACAUAUACUGCAUUAGGGAAAUUGAUUAUGAAGUAUCGUCAUGGCACACCAUUGGGGUACAUGCCAUUGAUGAAAGUCUAGUUUUCCCACAAACAAGUACCAUCAAAGUUAAUAUCAAUGUUCUGGAUGAGAAUGAUAAUCCACCAUUGUUUGAGAGAGACCCAGUCGUGUUGUCCAAACCCGAAAACCAGCCAAUCGGACAGAUAGUGUAUAUUUUCUCAGCAACAGAUUUAGAUUCUGGUGUGAACGGCUCCAUCACUUACUCCAUUCAGAAACAAGAACCAGAUUCGGACUUUUUCAGCUUAGAUGCUCAGACUGGAACUUUGAGAAUUAAGUCUGUGAUUGAUUACGAACAAACAAAGAGUGUAACACUGUUGGUUCGUGCGGAGGAUAACUCCCCAUUCGACGCGGACCGUCUUCACUCAACUGUUCUGGUUGUCAUUAACAUAGAAGAUGAAAAUGACAACACACCAGUGUUCAAGGGUUACUCCCCCUUACAUGUAUCAGAGAAUAUGCCCCUUGGUUAUACCAUUGUUAAACUGUUUGCUGUGGACCUGGAUGACAAUGUUGAUAAUAGUGGAAAUGGUGUCGUGUCUUACAAGAUAGUGACGGGAAAUGAUGGCUCCAAGUUUGCUCUAGACUCUAACACAGGGAUAUUGGCGAUCAGUCAUGAGCUGGACAGAGAAACUCAGGCCAGUUAUACCCUGAACGUGAGUGCGACAGACCGUGGCAUGCCACAGCACAUUUCUUACCUUGAGUUCACUGUCAUGGUGGACAACGUAAACGACAACAAACCCACUUUCUUCUCGAAGAGUAUGUACUCUGUGGAGAUUACUGAGAACAAUAGGCCAGGCGACUUCCUCAUCGCCUUGACAGCUACGGAUUCUGAUCAAGGUGAUAACCAGCAGAUCACUUACAUGUUACCACCAGGAACCGCAGGGGGCAAGUUUGCCAUUGACUCGAAAACGGGCGCUCUUACAGUGACUACAAUACUUGACAGAGAGGAACAAAGCUCCUACGAAUUUACAGCUUUUGUUUUUGACAAUGGUAACCCCAUGUUGUACGACACCACCAAAGUCAUUGUAAAGGUGACAGAUAUCAAUGAUCAUGUACCAGAGUUUCAACAAGAUGUUCUGGAGCUGAGGAUUCCGGAGAACAUUGAUCUGGUGGCGUUCUACACGGUCCAGGCGCAGGAUCUGGACGAGGGCAAGAACGGAGAAGUGUCCUACACAAUCACAGACGGUAACCUUGGUGAUCACUUCAGCAUUGACCGUAUCACUGGUCAGUUGUCCUGUACUUACCUUGACCGAGAGGAAAGGUCCCUGUAUAAUUUGACCAUCCAGGCUCAAGACGGUGGAUUUAAAACAACGACCAUGGUCAUCCACAUCAUCAUACUCGAUGAAAAUGAUAAUGCACCAACAUUUAUCCAGGAUAAGUACACGAAACGUUUAAGUGAGGAUGUCCAGAUUGGAACUAUGGUCAGAUUGGUGUCGGCAACUGAUCGAGAUGAGAACGGAAAUGGCCGUAUCACAUACUCACUGGGUAAUGAUACCGACGGCAUGUUCAAGGUGGACAGUGUGACCGGCAACAUCACAACUGCCAGGCAUUUUGAUCGUGAGAAAAAGUCCAAAUACAUCUUCAAACUGGUUGCCGAGGACAACAGUCAGUACAAUAGGAAAAGCACAACUGCUACGGUAGAAGUUACUCUGGAAAAUGUCAAUGACAAUUCACCAGUCUUCCAGAAUGUUCCUUACAUUGAGAAUGUCAGCAAUGGUGUACCACCGGACACAUCUGUCGUCAGGGUGACAGCAGUCGACCUUGACCUUGAUCAGAUCAACUACAGCCUCAGUACGUCCUCCGGACCUCGAUCUUUGCGAGCUUUCAGGAUAGAUAACAUCAAUGGCAUUAUUUAUACAGGACAACUCACAGACGAGUCUAAAGGGUAUCAUUACCUCCACGUGAUGGCCAAGGACUUGGGCACGCCGGCCAGAACCACAACAACCGUUGUACAGAUCAAGGUGGGAACCGACAGACACCAACACCUCAAGUUCACGCAGAAUACUUACUAUGCACAAGUCGCAGAAAACUCUCAGCCAGGAACAUCAGUAACCAGUGUAAUGGCACAAAUCAUGGAAGGCUCAGCACAAGGUAGCAUCCAGUAUACUUUCCUCGAAGGAAAUGGGGACAACAUAUUCUCCAUAUCCAGCUCAGGUGAAAUCACUGUCAGUAACAAUGAGAAACUGGACUACGAAACAUAUUACAAAAUCCAGCUGCUGGUUUCGGCUAGCAAUGGCGACCUCUCGGGAUACACCUUGGUGGAGAUUAGUAUCCUGGACGUCAACGACAAUGCUCCCCAGUUUGCACAGGACCCUUACUACACUUUCAUCAGAGAGGAUGUUCUGAUUGGAACCACAGUAUCUCAGGUUAUAGCUACAGAUAUAGACAGCUCAGUGAACGGAAUGAUAUCGUACAGUAUCCUACAGACAAACGACCAGGACAUUGUGUUUGUCAUCGAUGACAGUGGACACAUCACCACCCACCUCCCACUGGACUUUGAGAUCGUCCAACAGUAUCGCCUGGAAAUUGAGGCCGUCGACAGGAGUGUGUCGUCCACGAAGACGGGAACCUGUAUUGUGACAAUAAAUGUGGUUGAUGUUAAUGACCAGUACCCCAAGUUCCCACCUCCACGCGAGGAAAACAUCACAGAAACUACUCCUGUUGGGUCUCAGAUCAUGAAGGUGACGGCUAACGAUCGUGAUACUUUCCCUCCACUCCUCUACGACUUUGACAACAACGGUAACCAGGACGGCCGCUUUGCUAUAAACAAGUUCACUGGAGAUAUUGUCCUGGCCAAACCUGUGGACCAUGAGGAAACAAAUCAUUACAGAGUAGCUUUGAAGGUUACUGAUGGAAACAGAACUGCUACAACUGUUCGAGACCUGUACAUCAUGGAUGUCAAUGACAAUUCACCUGUGUUUGUUCAGUCGAGUUACCAGGAAUCUGUGAAGGAAAGGACCAAGGCAAACACUCUGGUGCUUGAUGUUACGGCCUCUGACAGAGACGGUGGUCUGAAUGGCGAGAUUAUCUACAGUAUUGAGACAGAUGUGGACAAUGGCUUCACAAUAAACCCAUCUACUGGUGCCAUAAAGACCACCAGGGAAGUCCAGUUUGACCCUGACCAUCAGACGGUGCAGCUCACUGUGACAGCAAAAGACAAAGGUCAACCAGCUCGGUCAACUGCCACUUUCGUCCACCUGCUUAUAGAGCCAGUCAACAGUAAUGCUCCUCGAUUCUCUUCUUCUAGUAGCACUAUCAGUGUGACAGAGAAUACCCAGAUUGGCUCGUCGGUCGCUCAACUUGUUGCCACAGAUGCUGACACCUACCAGACAAUUUACUACUCGAUACGCUCUGGCAAUGACAACAACGCAUUUUACAUCAGCCAUUUAUCUGGUGAAAUCUUUGUUAAUGGAAAGCUUGACAGAGAGGAAAAAGCAAUUUAUGACCUUGACAUUGUGGCAGAGGACAAUGUGACUCCGAUCUUGAGAGGAUCAAUCAUGCUGCAUGUCACGAUAGAGGAUGUAAAUGACAUGGAGCCACAAUUUGGACAGUCAAAUUACACUGUACCUCCAUUGCUUGAAACCUAUCCACCAGGAAACAGUUUCCUUAAGAUGCUGGCUAGUGACAGUGACCUUGGCAACCAUGCUCGUUUACGCUACAACAUCAUUUCUGGAAAUGAAGCUGAUAUAUUUGAAAUAAACGGCUCAACUGGAGAUUUAAAAAUCGCUGCGUCUAAGAGUUUGGAUUAUGAACUUCACACGAGUCACCGACUGGUUGUUCAGGCAACAGACUGCUUGGACUGCCCUCUAGAAGUUCCUAGAUUGUCUGGAAUGGCAGUGGUGGUUGUUGGUGUGACGGAUGUAAAUGACCACCUUCCAGAGUUCCCGGUUCCAUUUUACUACACCGUGUUUAAUGAGGAGCAGUCGGUGAAGACUCCAGUCUUUCAAGCUGUCGCGUACGAUGGAGACUCUGGUGUAUAUGGUAAUCUUUCCUACUUCAUCAGUGACGACAGAUUCUUCAGGAUUGACCCUGUUACUGGAUGGGUUUACCCGAAAAUUGUAUUCGAUGUAGAAAAUCUGCCUUCUACUGUAAAUGAUAUUCCAGGUAGUUUUUCUUUCAUUGUUACGGUCAGCGAUGGUAGAAAUGCUUCUAUUGGGGCAAGGGUUGUCAUUGGCGAUAUUGACGAAUACCCACCUAAGUUUUCCAAACCCGAAUACGAUUUUUCUGUGAACGGAAAUGCCGAGGUUGGAACUGAAGUUGGACAAGUUAUAACCAGUGAUGAGGAUAAGGGCACAGCUGGCAUCCUCUUUUAUUUUUUGAACCGUCACAAUGAUUAUUUUGAUGUGAAUAUUACCACUGGCAUGAUUUAUGUUAAAUUGGGAUUUAACUCCAAUCCUGGAAGUCGCCGUCGCCGAGAUUCAGACCACUCGCGUCACAAAAGAUCCUUAACAGAUGCCGAUAAAACACUCAUCAUUGAAGUAAAAUCAGCUGUAGCAGAUGCACGCUCAAAAAGUAUUGUUGUAACUAUAGAGGUGGAUGAGACGUGUCCGGGAUGUAAGAUUAUACCAGAAGCUGUUGUAGAAUCGGCAGGAUUUGGCGGGACGACCAUGAUCAUAGUGAUAGUGUUUGUUGUCAUACUGGUCAUUCUCAUAGUUGUAAUUGUGUUUAUAUUUGUCCGGUACAAGCAGAGAAGCAAAAAGCCAGUUGCACAAGUGUAUGAUGCUGCCGAUUUCACUGCAUUUGAUUUCGCACCAGAUUCUAAUCAACAAGGAAUUACAUACAACGAAGCACCAGCCUAUAAUCGGUCUAAUUCUAAUAAUGUUACCUCGGAGGUGUCGGAACAUUCCCACCAUUCCGUGUCCAGUGGACGUGGGUCAGUGGAUGCUGAAGAUGACGAGGAGAUUUGUAUGAUCAACGCUCUACAAUCGGACCUUAAUCAGUCUAGUGGAUUCAGGAGUAAAAACAUGCCGGAUUCAGGUAUACAGGAUGAUGACAAUACUUCAGAACCAUCAGUUCAAAAUUCUAAAGACUAUUUAGCCAGACUUGGCAUAGACUCUUCACAAAUACCAACGAAAAAUAAAAAUACCUCCUUUUCGGAAGAGUCUUUGCCACCAUUUUCGGAGGAAGGUGGUGUGCUCGACUCAGUGGAUGAUCCACUAGACAUAGACUAUAAUAGACUGGGGCCUGUGGACAAUGACAGUGUGCCUGUUAUCAGUAUAAUAAGUGGUUCUCAUCACACUCAACCGCGCGAUCUCGGCUUCCACGAGCCUGAACACUACGCGCAGCCAGGCUCUAUGUCGAGUGUGAUAAAUAGUGAGGAGGAAUACAGUGGGUCCUACAACUGGGACUAUUUACUGGACUGGGGCCCGCAAUACCAGCCCCUCGCUCAUGUGUUCUCUGAGAUUGCUCGACUGAAGGACGACACAAUUCAGCCAAAGAAACGGCCUAUACAGACUGUGCCACAGACAAACAGUGUUAACAUGUCGAUAAAACCUCAGGUGAAAAUGAUCCCCCCUCCCAUGAUUACCGGAGCUCCCCCUCAGGCACAGCCUGCCAAUAGGAGGUCUAGUCAGAGUAGUGGAGGAAGCAGCUCGUACAAACCUCCUCGUACUAUAGCCAACAGCAACAAUACCAAACCUCCUCGUACUAUAGCCAACAGCAACAAUAUCAAAAACAAUGUCUCGCUACCUAGCAAUGCACGUUCACCCAUCACACACGAGGGGGGUUUCAACACUCCUCUCACGCCGUCAUUCACACCAUCAUUGUUACCGUUGGCAACAGGAGCACCAGUUGCAGGCACACACAAUCACAAUGGACAUAACAUGCCAAGCAGACAGCAAAUGGGGGCCCCUUCAGGGCAUCAGUUAGUUAUCUCCCCUCCCCACGAGUGUGAAGAGGAGCUACAGAUCUAGUGAACUGGCCAGGUUUGGGCCUUCAAAAUAUUUCUUAACACUGUUGUACCUCAAAAUGUUAUGUCCUGUGACACUGAUGAAACAUGAUGAAACAUGAGGUGUCGUCUUCCAUAAGAAUCGGUCAGAUAGAACCCUGAAUAAUUGACAAUAUAUUAAUUCAGGGAUAUUUUUAUGGAGUUAUGAAAUAUCUCCAAUUUUGUAAUUCAAAAAUGCAUUAGCAACAAGUAUAGCUGUGAUAUGAUUUUAAUGCAUUCUUAAAUAUUCAAUGAAUUUUUUACUUGUAAUGUGUGCAUUUGGACAUAUUCAAAUUUUGUGGAUCAUCCACAAAUAUGAAUAAACCCAAAUGUCAAUCAAUUUUUAUCAAAAGUGACGCAGAAAUUGAAUGUUAGUGUUUAUGUCGAUGACCUCCCAGUUUUUCAAUCUUCUGUAACAGAUUUGUAUUAAAAAAAAAACUGAAUACAUACUGUAUAACCUAGCAUUAUAGAUGUUAGUUCUCUUUUUACUGUCCCCAAUCACUUUAAAUUUUUGGGCCUACAAAUAAAAUUCCUGAAUCAUUAAAACUCACCAAGUCCUCAUUACUUUCCGAGUCUGUACUCAUUGUUGCAGCUGAUUAUACUGCAUACGAUAUAAAACAAACCAAAUUACAUUAAUAUAUAAAAAGUGAUAUUAAGCAAUUUGACAAUAAGUGGACAUUUUUGUAAGAUACUGGUUUACCGCUAGGUUAUGUGUUCUGUUAGCAUAUUAAGUGGAAACAGUCAAUUCAGCUUUAUUGUGAUUUAAAGGCGCAAUAUUCAGGUUUGACCAAUAAAACAGUAAAUUUUCUCAUUUUCAAAAACUUUGACACUCUUUGAAGUGCUUUCUAAGCAAGCUCUUUCCAGUCAACAUACACAAAGGUGUUCCAUUAUAGCCAGACUGGUCAAGGUCACUGGUCGAGGUCAUUACGUAAUAUUAAAAUAUCAUUUGUAAAUGUCAUUCCAACAUGUAGUGCCAUCUCACCUAGUGUCAUUAGUUAUAUAUUAGUUGUCUAGCAGUUAUUAACUGUUAAUAUUUAAAGGGAGCAAUAUGUUUUUAUUCAACUGAAUUCCUUUUAAAAUCAAAGAAAAACAAAUUACCAAAAUUAUUCAUCAUGAAUAUCACUAGUACAGUGUAUUUAUACUGUCACAGGGAUUUUUAUUCAUGAAUGCAUUAUUUUAAAAUAAUUUGACAUAUCAUGCCCCUGUGUUUUUGGUACUGUGUAUUUAAAAUUAACCAUAGAUUUUAUUCAUACUUUACUAGAUUGUGUCCAUUUAUAUAAUUCAAAGAUAUCUUCCAAAUAAUUUUCUAGGUAUGGUAUACCAAUUUCCUUUUUUUACGACCUUUUUUUACUAUCUUUGUGAAUUUGAUAUCAUUGUGAAUGUUUAAAACGCAAUAAUGUAUGAUUUGCAUUUCAUAAGGGAUAAUUCAUUCUCAAAUAUGUGUAUGAGACUUCUAACUGAACUAGAAUAACAGAAUCUAUUGAUCGUUUAGAGUAAGUCAUUUCAUAAAUAAUAUUUUAAAAGUACAUUUAUCCAUUGAGUGAGUGAGAAAUGGAUUGCAGAGUGUUGAGAUGAUGCAUGGUGUGAUAUUUGUGUAUAUUUUAAGGGAAGAUGGAUGUAUUUUACAUUUGAUAAGAAUGUUUGUAUGAAAGAAAUUGUUUUACAUGGAAAUCCGUGGAUAUUAUCUUAAGACACAAAUAUUCAUUUAUAUGGUAGCUUUAACAUUAAACUUUCAAACAUUCUUUUGAAAUUGACAUCAGAACAAAUUUAUGACUUGUUAAUUCAUAUAAUCCUUGUAAUUAUUUGAAUUCACUAAUGAAAGUUGAGUUUUAAUUACAUUCAUUGAAUCUCGAAAAGUAUUCAAUAUUCACCAAAAUUUAAAGCUGUAUUGUUACUAUGUUAAACUUGUUUGUGAUAUUAUGUUGAUAUUACAUCGAUAAUUUGUUCUCAGCAAUGGUUUAAUCUAAGAUCCUCAUUUAAAAUUUAUACUCAUCAUAUGAUUUUCUUGGAUUUAACCUUUAACUAUCAUUACAGAAAUAGCAAUGUUUUUAUACUACUGCCCCAUUACACAAAUUAAUGAUUCUUUUUGAAAAAAUACAACAGACAAACUAUCUUUCAGGUUUUAUAACAAGUUUGAAAAUUAAUAUUAAGAAUAGAUUUUUUUUGUUUUUUUAGUUGUUUUUAUAUUUUCAAAUCAUGUUCAGAAGCAAACUAAUUAAACACUGAAGCAAACUAAUUAAACAUUUUGGUUUAUCAAUAUCUUAAUGAUCAUGAUGUUACAUGUAACUUCAUAGUUCUAAUUUCAAUUAAAAAGAAUUUUCGUUAAAACUUCAAAAUACAACUUUCUGUAUUAGGAUAUUGUAGUGCUAUAUAUAAAUUCUGCAAAAGGCUUCCAUGAAAAAAUAAUGUGCAAGUUUUAAGAAGAAAACGGAAUAUUUUCAUCUAAUUCUGGACUCAAAUGUUUAUAUUUCAAUUCAUCCCUCAUGGUAAGAGAAUGGAGCUUCAGUAAUAGUGUAUUCAUGUACUUGUAAAGAUAUGUUGACUCAUGUUAAAAUAAGUGUUUUUGUACGUGUCAAAUAUUUUAUAACUGUGUCAAAAUGUCUCACUUAUUAGUACUUGUCAGUGAUGUAGAACUUUGAAAAAGUUCAUUUCAUGAUCAUUCUUCUAUGUCUUCAUGAACAAAAUUUAUUAAAUUAAUAUUUCCUUGCAAUGAUACUCUGCUGAGAAAGGAGAAUGUGAAAUAUAUUUGUAAUAAAACAAAAAAUUUAAAGUUA